UUCUCUCAUUUUCACAGGCUGGAAAUUCCUUCUGUUAUCGAAGUGAAUCUUGGCGAAAGAGCCUGUGAACGAGUCAGUUGUGAUGUCGGAGUAUAAUCCUUCUUCGGGUACGCCCGGAGAAAGGCGUACCUCUUCUAUAACAAGCCGUAGAGGAAACCUCAACCGUGCUGACUCUCCAUUCCCAUUGAACGUCUUCGGAUCGUCGGCGAUUCCAGAACGGCGUGCAUCCUCUAUUACGAGUCGAAGGGGUGUUAACAGGCCUGAUACCCCCCAUCCUCCCCGUCCAACUCCUUCGUCUCGCAUUGGUCGAUUACUGGACGAACUGGAUCAAUACGAAAAUUUCCGGGUUUAUGCCGUCGGCCAUGGCCCUAAUUCGAAUAGUAGUAACGGGGAUGGGAUCGUUGAUGACGUUAGCGAGAUUUUCGAUGAGCAAUUGAGUCGUAAUUUCUUAGCGGCGGUGAGAAAUGCGUUGUCGAACAUAUUUCAAGAUUCUAGUAGCGAUCCCAUAGCACAGAUGGUCGAAGUUGCAUUGCGAUUGCAAACCGCCGACGAUGCAAGCGCGGAUUCUGCGGAGGGACCUACCAUUCUGAACAUCGCUGUCAGCCCCUCGAAUUCAAGCUCAGCAGCCACGCAAACUCGUGCAGCUGGCGGACAGUCAUCCUCGAACAAUCCGCAGAUACCUAUCUUCAGAUUUCAAGGACUAGGAGUGCAACGACAGUAUCGGGACUUAGUCCAUUGGCGAGCUUGGUUUGAUGUUCUGAGAGACAGAGCCUGGAGAAAGCAGCAGGAAACGGGGCAUUGUUCGAAGGAUUCCGACUGCCCCAUCUGCCUUGAAUCCUUGAAAUUCUCCAUAAAGCUCAAGCCGAUAACCUGUAUGCACGUGUUCCAUGCCGAUUGCAUCGAAUCCUGGAUCAGAAAAAAUCCUCAAUUUCCCCGAGCUCGAUGUCCAGUUUGCCGCGGGGAUUUCAUGAACAAGAGAAGCCUGGAUCGCGAAAAGAAGCGCAAAGACGGAAAAGGCGGUGGUGGUGGCGGAUCAGGAAUUCCGAACGGUCAUCCAACUGUCCGCCUCAUUCCGUUGUCCUUUCCACUGAAUAUGCGCCCAGCGCUCAUUCGUUUUUGUGCGAAGCAAGUGCCGUUUCGUGGAAUAUGUUCAUCGUCUCAUGAAGUUAAAAGGUGGUCUAGUCCCGAAGCACUAAUCGACAAUUCUGUGGAAAAUGCGGGACAUCCGUUACCGGAAACGCAUCCACAUCUUUUGUCUUACGGCGAUGUUCUGCCCGGCCUUCAUCUGAAUGAGUUUCGUUCGCGAAGAGAGAAGCUAUGUGAAGCCAUAUCGCGUGCAGUGCCUUCCGACGAACAUUUGGUGCUUGUUUCUGGAUCCAAGAAGAAAUUUUCCUCAGAGAAAAUCCCAUACGUGUUUCGACAAUCGACGGAUUUUCUUUAUCUAACGGGAAACCUGGAACCGGAAAGCGUGCUCUGCUUAAACAUAGACAAAACCGGUUCCAGAUCCCGUUCAACUUUGUUUGUUGCUGAAAAGGACAGAGCUGUUGAAAGAUGGGAAGGACCUCGACUCGGUACUGAGAAAUCGGCGGAAAUCUUCGGUGUUGAUGAAGCGUUGCCGAAGUCCGAAAUUGGAAAUUUCAUAAAAGCUUCACUGCGGAAUAGGAAGGAGGUUGCAGUGUGGUAUGACAAUGAACUUGUCGCAAAUGAAGCUGUUCAUACUUGCAUGAACUCCGAUUUGCUUUGUGACCGACGUGUGGAAUCACCAACGCGACUAAUUCACCGACUUCGACUUUUCAAGUCUGAAGCAGAAGUGAAAUUGCUUCGAAAGAGCUGUGAUUCCUCUUCGGAAGCUUUUGUUGAUGUAAUGCGAUUCACACGGCCGGAAAUGAGUGAAGCGGAAUUAUGGGCUCGGAUGGAGUACGCCGUACGGAUGCGAGGAGCUGACUAUUUGGCGUACCCACCUGUCAUUGCUGGUGGUCCUCGCGCGUGUACGAUUCACUAUAUUAAUAACAAUCAGCUGCUGCGAAAAGGUGACCUGGUUUUGAUGGACGCUGGAGGAUAUAUGCAUGGCUACUGCAGUGAUAUCACUAGGACAUGGCCGAUCUCUGGGCGUUUCAGCUCGCAUCAACGGGAGCUUUACGAACUUGUCUUGAAGGUUCAGACGGAUAUACUAAAGUUGGCCGCAGACCAUCUUCCUCUCGAUGCUUUGUUUCGGAAGAUGUGUACUCUUCUUGGGACUGAACUGCAGCAUCUUGGGAUUUUGCCCAAGUCACUUACUGAGGCAGAAGCUUCCCAACGGGCUUACUCACUUUGUCCACACCAUGUGAGCCAUUACCUGGGAAUGGAUGUUCACGAUACCUCUCAGAUUCCGCGGAGUAUUGCGACUGAACCUGGUAUGGUGAUAACAGUGGAGCCAGGGAUUUACAUUGAUUCGUGCAAUGAGGAAGUUCCCGCGGAAUUUCGCGGUAUGGGAAUCCGGAUUGAGGACGACGUUCUCAUCACGGAAAGUGGGAUAUCGGUUCUCUCAGCUAAAUGCCCGAAGAGCGUCGAAGAUGUGGAGAAGGCUUGUGAAGGAUUCAUGUCCUGA